UUGUAUAGGGCUAAUAAAGAAACAUUAAAAAAAAACAUAAAAAAACACUCAUCAUUUCUUUUUCCAACUCCGGAGUACAGUAGGUUGGUCUUUCAGCAGUACCGGCACGGCGAAGCGCGGCCGCUGGAGGGCGCGCCGCGCCCUGUGCGCAGGUACUUCAUGCCGCGCCUCUGCUGGCCGGACCAGGUAGCUGCUGCCUGUGCAGUCCGCCGGCAGAGUUGUGGAACCAGUCCUCUGCUUUUGCUCCGCUCCGUUUGUCACUUUAUUAUUAUUAUUUUUUUUUUGUCAGCCGGCAGGGGAGAAAAAUGGAGAAGGCAAAAAACAACACAUAAUUUCGCCUUUGAGGGAUUGCGGAGCUCACCUUGGGGAGGGGAGAGAGGAUUAGAAGCAAGGGAGCCGGUGAAGCGAGACCGAAGCGAUCCUGCGGGAAGCGUGCUGAAGAAAUGCCAUUCCGCCUGUUGAUACAAAAGGCAGAUGAAAGCGGAGCUGGCUUGUGGUGCUGGGAAGCUCUCUAGUUCGCGUCGGUUUCGAUGACUGGCCGAAAGAGAGCCGGGACCGUCUCAUUUCCCCCAAGCGAAGGGCGAGACUUUUGUUUUUUUGUUGGCUGGAUCUCGGGAUAUUUCAGGUGAAGCUCAAGUCAAUAAUUCGCAGCUCCUGGGAACCAUUGUUACCGUAUUUAACCACAGAGGAUACAUCUUUCAAGAAAGAGAAGACAGCGAUUCCUUUCCCUCGAUUCAGGUGAAAGUCUUUUUUUUUUAAAUUUUGGCGACAGAUGUCCCUUGGAAGUGUUUGAAUCCGUGGGAUAGACCCGGAGGGGCAGGAUUUGUUGGCUGAAGUGGGGGAGAUUUCCGAGGGGACAACUGCACCAGCCUCCCAACAUGCUGCUGCUUUGUAAUCUUUUAUUUUAAGAGCCUUAAGUGUCUGGGCUGUGGACAGGUGUUAGCACAGUUCUGGUCGGACGCAGAUCGUUUUAAGAAGGGCUUGCCGUCCUCUUUGUGUGGUCCAGGAGAGGGACCGGGACCGCCGGACCAACGGCGUCGGAUUUGCGGAUUGAUCGACUUUUUUUUUUGUUGGGUUUUUUUUUUGUCUUCUGUCAGAUGAAUUGUGCCUUGUGAAAACGAGGUGCGCUCAUUUCCCACCCACGCCGACCGGCCGAUCGACUGGGAUCCCCCCCUCCCCCGAGAAGCAUGGACGCGCUAGAUCCCAGGAGCGACCCGCGGCUAACGGGGAAGGAUCACAGAGCGGCGCCGGGCAUUUUCCACCAGGACGCGGAGACCGUGGGGGCGGCGGAGCCGAGGGACGGCGAUGGCGAAGCAGUCAGGCUGGUGAAGGCUCUCCUGACAGGCGGGGCGCCAUGGGGAUUUACUCUGAAGGGGGGUCGGGAGCACCAGGAGCCGCUGCUGAUCACGAAGGUCGAGGAGGGCAGUAAGGCGGCGGCGGUGAAGCUCCAGGUGGGAGAUGAGAUUGUCGCCAUUAACGAGGUUCCUCUGAGUGGCUACAGGCAGGAGGCCAUCUGUCUGGUCAAAGGCUCCCACAAGACUCUCUCGCUGGUGGUCAAAAGGAAGAUGAAAAUGGUGGAUAUUGUAGCACAGAAAAUGCCAUCAGAGAGCGAUGUUCACGUGGCCAGGAGCUUUCUCACGAAGAUUUUGCGAAGCUCCAUGAGAAAGAGUCGCUUCAAAGGGAGGAAUGAACCGGUAAGCAGGCCCCACUCCUGGCACUCGACCAAGUUCACAGAGAACCAAUCAGAAGCUGCAAAAACACAAUUAACACCCACAACUGUCUGGCACACGAGAUACGAUGCAAGCUCAUCUUCACAUGACCUCACCGGCUCAUGGGAUCAGCCGAACCUUCGGCGUGCGUCAGAUCAGUUCAGCUCCCUUGGCAGCAUGGACAGCCUAGAGCACUCCUCCCACCCCUACCCGCCCGGCCGCCUGUCCCCGGCCAAGUCCAACACCAGCAUCGACCACCUGGGGGGCAGCGGCCAUGGCAACAAGAGAGAUUCGGCCUACAGCUCCUUCUCCACCAGCUCCAGCACCCCGGACUACACCCUGUCCAAGAGCAACGCCGCCUCCACGGAGAACAUGCUGCACAAGGUGGGCCAGUGGGACGCGGGCAGGCACAGCAAUGGGAGGCACAGCCAGAGCCUGAGCGAUGACCGGCAGGGGUAUCUGCAGCUGCCCGCCGGGACUGGAGGCAGGGAGAGCCCCCGGACGGACGAGCAGCCCGGGUCCCGGUAUUCCAGCUCGGGGAGGUCCAGCUUCGGCCCCGUGUGGCACAUCCCCGAGAAGAAGAAGCGCAGCCCCUCGCCUCCCCCGCCUCCUCCGCCGGUGCGCAGUGACAGCUUUGCGGCAACUAAAGUUCACGAGAAGGGACUGGCGGUCCCUUACUCGGAGACAGCCGAGACACCCUCUUACCCUCAUAACCUGCAGAAGCCUCAGGCCAGAUCGGGGGACUGGGUGUCUGGUGAACUGAGUGAAAACCAACAGAAAGCCUACCGUGCCAAUGAAAGAGGACACGAGGCCAGGCGGAAUUAUAACCCCUCUCCCAAGAACGAAACCCUCCCUCCUUACAUUUCACUGGACAGUUACAACAACAACCAGUUGAAUGCAAACAAGUCAUUCUCCUUGUCAAGCACAGACAUUCGGGCAGGGCAAAAUCCGUACAACUAUGUGCCCUACCACCAACGCCAGUACAGCGAUGAAAGCGCCUUGUAUCAGCAACCUCGAUCAACCUCUGUACCAAAGCAGCAGAAUGUAGGCAACUACUACAGCAGCAUGCAAGAGCUGCCUACUGACAGCUUCAGUCAGCACUAUAAUCAGGCUCAGGUGAGGACUUCUAGUACUUCCUUAUCCAGUCCUCCUAUGGAUCAAAAUAUGGAGGGCACUGGGCAUAGUCGAUAUUACUGCAUUACAGCCAGGCAGCCUGCCCAGACUGUUUCUCAGGCAUCGCUGGUGAAGGUGGAGGGCUGGAAAGGCAGCACAGGGAUCGAGUCAGCUGCCGUGUUAAGUGAAAAGAGUUUUUCAGGUGCUCAAAAGGUCAGCAAGGCCAAGUGCCUACUACCUCAACAGCAGCAACCUCAUCCCGAUAUCAAGGACAGUAAUGGGUAUUAUAAACAAGAGAAUGUUCAUGACAGGUCAAUUUCAGCUUCUGUACAAGACACCCCAGCAGUGAAAUCUAAUGUUGAGGAUAGAGGAGGGCACAAGAGGAACAAUGUAUAUAAUAUGGAAAUUAAUUACAUGAGCUAUCCUCCCAACAAGCAUGAUGACCUGAAGAAGUAUGGGGGCAUCCAGCAAACAGACCAACAGAAAGAACUAUGGUUGACUGAAGGGGAAGAGAAGAUCAGUCCGCAGAAAACUCCGAUGCUUCACUCUCUGGCUCAAGAGAGCCUGAGUACAGCUGGCCACCCUUCAGAACCUCAGAGCGGCUGUGCCCGGCAAGAGGCUGUCGACCCUCUUACCGCGAAACAGGUGAGGCGUAGUGACCGCUACGCCACCACUUUACGCAAUGAAAUCCAGAUGAAACGAGCUCAGCUGCAGAAGAGCAAAAGCUCCGCCACCCUGACGGGUCCCAGCGAAGCCGAAGAAGACGCAGAGGUCUGGAAGGGCGAGUCGACGGAGAGCUCCACCUCGUCCUCUGAUGGCUCCUUCUCCAGCACCUACAAAGAUCACCUGAAAGAAGCUCAGGCCAGAGUCCUCAGAGCUACAUCUUUCAAGAGGAGAGAUCUGGAACCUGUGCUACUUGAACUUCCGGUACCGGAUGCCUUGCCCACCUACUCGUCCUCUGCUCUUGCACGUAAAGACGUCAACCCCGCGCUCAGCUCCUCCGAGGCCCCACGGAGCAGAGCUAGCUCUGCCACGGGAAGCGGUGCUGCCCAGGUAUCCCGAAUCGGAGGCAGAAAGCGCUUCACGGCAGAGCAAAAGGUAAGAUCGUACUCGGAGCCAGAUAAGAUAAACGAGGUAGGAGUGACAAAGACUCAUCCUUAUCCGGACAAGGCCACGUCGUUCGCGGAUCGCUGCAAGUUCUUUGAGGGCACGUCCAAGUCUGCCUUCCCUAAACCGCUCUCGAGACCAGCGCUGCAGAGCUCCUGCGAAGAACACGGCGAAGGGAGGCUCUCCAGGAAGUUGCACCACGGCGAGACGGAGGAGUCGUGGCACGAGCAGAGGUCACGCGCUGCUUCGUUGGGCUAUGGCUGCUCAUUGGGUGCUCUGGAGGAGGAUCAGGGUGGCUAUAAUGUCCGUGCAAGGGCCACAGAAAGGUAUAUAAUGCUGGAACAGCAGCGAUUAGGCACUUUUGCAGAGUAUGAAGCCACGUGGAAUGAGCAGAGGAAGCUCUCGGAAGCGAGACCUUCGGGGAGGUACCACUCAGCCGACAACAUCCUGGAUUCAGGGAUGGAAGAGAAAAUUUCUUAUAUCCAUGAGAGGUCCAGAUCGUCUCCAUCGGCCGAUUUCCACGGACAGAAUGUCCCUGUGCAAGGAAGGAAGAAGGAGGAUUAUUCUCAGAGACAGCAGAACCCGUCUGGCUGUAAAAACUCUGACGCCGAACCUCCUUCUACAAGACUGUCUCCUGCCCACUCUCUGUGUCUUCAGCCAUGUAGCGUAGAGCAACCCAACAGGCUCCCAGUGCCUGACAGGUUAUCCGACGGAGAGCACAAGGAAUGCCGACUGGAAGAAAAACGGCCAGUGAAUGACCAAGCCCAGGAGCUCAAGCCGUGCUCCACUGGUUGGCAACCUCCACCCGAGCAGGCCGGGCAAGGGGACCUGGAGAACAGAGACGGGGCUGUUGCCCUCGGUGGUGAGAGAUCACCCCCUGCCCGGGACAACGGGGAUGUUAAUGAGGCCCCUCCCGCUCGCUCGAGACUCCAGGCCGCGACUGACAGCAGCGUCGGCUCUCACAGUGCAGGACCCGACCAGCCAGCAGCGAAUCCAGCAGCAGCGCCUUCCAGCAAGAAGAAAGGCCCUGUGCCACAGAGGCCUCCCCCGCCCAAGCUAGACAAAUACAGACGUCAGGAAACCACAUCCUCCUUGAGCGACUCCUCAGAAUCCCUGCUCGGCUCCCAGAGCAGCAGAGCAGUCGGGCCUCGCUCCCCCGGGGCUCCGCUCCACACCCAGACGCAGCUUGCCGCGGGGCCGGAGGAAGAGCAGGGAGCCGCGGAGAGAGGCAGCCUCGCCAAACUCGAGCCAGCGCCGCCGCCCCCCUCCUCACCCUCCUCCUUCAAGUCGGCGGGUUUCUUCCGGCCUUCCAUGGACGGACCCAGGACUCCCUCUCCUCAGUUUGCACCUCAGAGGCUGACAGACAGGCCGCCGGUCUCCAUCCAGGAUGAAGCCCCAAGCAGAAUAGAGAAGGUGAUGGACAACAACACCACGGUGAAGAUGGUGCCGAUCAAGAUCGUCCAUGCCGAGAGCAACUCGGAGAAGGAGAGCCGGCAGUACCUCCUGCACAGCGUCGCCCCCGCCGGCUCAGCGGAGGAGCAGGGGGACCCCCCGGUCAAGACCCUGGGCUCCUUGGAGGAGUCCUACUCCCUCUUCUGUGCCUACACGCGGCAGAGAGCGGAGGGCCCCGGCGAGGCCGGUCUCGAGGACACGAAGGACAGCCCGUCCGCCGCGCAGGCCGCCAGCAACGGGGUCCGGAGCGCGACGGACCGGACGGACGAGGACAAGAAGACCGAGGAGCUGGCCCGGGAGAUCGUGGACAAGGACAGGUCGCUGGCUGACAUCCUGGACCCCUGCAGCAAGCUGAAGACGACCAUGGACCUGAUGGAGGGCAUUUUCCCCAAGGAUGACCAGCUGCUGGAGGGGGCCCAGCAGCGGCGGAAGCCGGUGACCAAGCAGGGAUCCCCGAAGAGCUCAGAGGAGAAGAAGGAGGACGAGCUGGCCUCUGUUGUGCCCCUGGGUACCAGCUCCACCUACUACAGCACGUCAGCCCCCAAGGCAGAGCUCCUGAUCAAGAUGAAGGACAUGCAGGAGGAGAUCGAGGAGCAGGACUCCGAGGACGAGCUGGACAAUGAUCUCUCUCAGAAGAAGCAGGAGUUGAUCAGCAGCAUCGGCAGGAAGCUGCAGGUGUUGCGCGAAGCCCGGGAGAGCCUGCUGGAGGACGUCCAGGCCAACAACGCGCUGGGCGACGAGGUGGAGGCCCUCGUCCAGCGGGUCUGCAAGCCCAACGAGGUGGACAAGUUCCGCAUGUUCGUGGGGGACCUGGACAAGGUGGUGAGCCUGCUGCUGUCGCUGUCGGGGCGGCUGGCCCGCGUGGAGAACGCCCUGGACAGCCUGGACGACGGCGCGCCGGCGGAGGAGAAGCGCAUCCUGACCGAGAAGCGGAAGCUGCUCAUCAGACAGCACGACGAUGCCAAAGAGCUCAAGGAGAACCUGGACCGCCGCGAGCGUGCGGUCUUCGCCAUCCUGGCCAGCUACCUCGACGAGGACAGCUUGGCCGACUACGAGCACUUUGUCAAAAUGAAGUCGGCCCUCAUCAUCGAGCAGCGCAAACUGGAAGACAAAAUCAAACUGGGUGAGGAGCAGCUCAAGUGUCUGACCGACAGCCUGCCACUGGAUCACCGAGCCCCCUUCUGACCUUUUGGCUGGGUUCCUCUUGGGCAGAAAGGUGGGCCGUGUAUCUCCUUUGGAUGAGGGAGACCCAGGUUCUCCAGUCUCACCCGUGUCUGAUGACUGAAGAAGAAAGAGACAGUGGACUUUUGAUUGCAGUGCGUGACUUUCGCUUGGAGCUCCCCUACAUUUUAUUCCUUGAAGGAAGACUGCAGACAUUUCCUGUCAUUUCAUAAAGAUGACCUUUGCUGGAAUUGUAAGAUAGGGCCGCCCGGUAGGGCAUUUUUGAUUUCUACACCUGUGAUGAUGACCGUGCAAACAUGGAUUGAUAUUGAUUUUGGAUAUUUUAAAUCCCUCUUGCUUGUGCAUAAUGUAAGCAACCACCCCAAAUGACUUUUUACUGGCUCGGGCAUGUUUUCAGAUCGCAUUCUGCCUUUGUCUAUUUUGCAAUUUGAAAAAACAAAUUUUAGUUAUUUAUUCUAGCCUUGGAAUUGAUGCAGAGACCUUGAAGGUAGAGCACUGUUUUAAUCUUUAAUCUUUGUAAUACAAACUUAUACCAUAAGACCAUCAUAUGCAUUUAACAAUCAUAAUUGUCCAUACAAAGUUUCGCAUUAAAGUAUCAUUAAAGAAUUACAAGACUGUGACUAUGUGAUCUUGCAAAAAAGUAAAUCAGUAGUACUAAAUAGUACUGAUCAUACGAUCAGUAUUCAGUUAAAACAUUCAGUAAUAUAUGAACACGGAUAUGGUGCUGGGUCCAAAAAAAUGCCAUUGCUCUUUUGUCUGUCUUUUAUUCUGUUUUCUUAUUAAUUUUUUUUUCAUUUUAUGCCCGGUGCACGCCUUCAUACAUUUGUAUUUUUCUUGACCUCAGAGUUGUUCUUGACAGAGAAUCUUGAAGAUUUUUUUUUUUGCAUCAGGAGUUGCCCUUGAAAAGGGACCGUUUUGAAAUUGGCAGCCUGGGUACAGGGAGUCUGAAAGGGUACUCAUUUUGAAAGUUUGAAGUACUGAGGUAGCACUUUACUGAGAUUACCCUGCAGCAGAAAGAAAAAACCUUUAUAUGAAGUGGUGCUUGGGAAUUGUGUGUCACUGCCUCCUAGCAGUUGAAGGGUUUGUGUCUGAUGGUGUGUACGUGUGUGUAUGUGUGUUUAAGUAAAUAUGCAUACACAUCUUAAACAAUUCCAUUCGAAGCCACAUUUAAAACCAAUCUGUAAAGAGAUGAAAUCAGUUUUUAGUGUGUGAAUGAAAACAAUGAAAUGAAUUUGUUCAGGUCUUCCCCAUGACAGACUUACAUACUACAGGCUGAACUCUACGAGAUGGGGAAAUUAAAACAUGGACUGUUCAUGCCGUCCAAUUGCACCCUGUCAGCAUGCAGAGACAAGUUAUUAGAUUUUGCCAGAACUCUGCAGCUCUUUGACCACUGAGAGGGUGAGCUGUAUGGUGAGCCCACCUGGAUCACAUGACCACCAUUCAGGGCAUGACUUACUGUGUCAGUCAUUGUUGCUUUAGUUUAUAAAAUUGACUUUGUUGAUGAAGAGUUUAUCUGAAAUGUGAAUAAUUAUUUAACUAUAAAAUAGUGUGUACAUAGCAAAAUAUGGGCCCAUACUCUAGAUCCACAGAGAACCCGGGAUGUAGGAACAAGAAUCAUAAGAGCACCACACAGAAAUAGAUCCAGACAGUUAGCGUUAAUCUCCAUUUCUGGCAGUUUUGGUUAAAACACUUAAACAUAUAUACAGUUAAAACAACGUUUCUGGAAAAUGUAUGUAUAGUGUUUGUUUGGUUGUUAAUUUUUCAGAGUUGCUAGACAAUUUUAAAGGGCCUUUUUUUUGUGUCCGUUGUAGAUGCAGAGUGGGUUGUUAGUUACGCAGAGAGGGCAGUUAACCCACUUGCCACUGCUUUGCCUUUUAUAUUUAAUGUAAAACCAAAACAAUGUCAAAAAUGAAUUUCCUUUUAGACGUAACUUUAGACACAUGCACUAUCUUAACAUUGCUCAUUUGUAGGCACCAAAUGUGCAAGAUUAACAACAGUUGCAGUUGCUGUUCUAAUAGGAUAACAUCAAUAUCCCUGAGCCCAUGGAUGAUUGGAGACUUUAAUGUAGUAUUUAUACUCUCUCCACAGCUGUAACUUAAGGCUUUUAACAUUUGUAUGUGCUCGACUAUACUACUUUAAUAAAGAGUCUGGUUGAAUGUGAA